AUGAGGGGUGUGGCCAUGUACGAGCUGGUGCGCGUGGGUCACGAGCAGCUGGUGGGUGAGAUCAUUAGGCUCGAGGGCGAUUCGGCGACCAUUCAGGUGUACGAGGAGACCUCCGGUCUCACCGUGGGUGACCCCGUCCUGCGCACGGGCAAGCCGCUCUCCGUCGAGCUCGGCCCCGGCAUCCUGGGUCAGAUCUUCGACGGUAUCCAGCGUCCGCUCCGCUCCAUUGCCGACCUCAGCCAGAGCAUCUACAUCCCGCGCGGUGUGAACGUCUCGGCCCUGAGCACCGAGACCCAGUGGUUCUUCGAGCCCUCGAAGCAGUUCCGCGUGGGCGACAACAUCACCGGCGGCGACAUCUUCGGUACCGUGGCCGAGAACACUCUCAUCACCCACCGCGUCAUGCUCCCGCCCGAGGACCGCGGUGAGAUCGUCUACAUCGCCGAGGCCGGCAACUACACCCUCAAGGACGUCGUCCUCGAGGUCGAGUUCGGCGGCAAGCGCAAGAAGUUCACCAUGCUCCAGAACUGGCCCGUCCGUAAGCCCAGGCCGGUGGUGGAGAAGAAGAGGUCGGACUACCCGCUGCUGACCGGUCAGCGCGUGCUCGACGCCCUGUUCCCGUGCGUGCUCGGCGGUACCGCCGCCAUUCCCGGCGCCUUCGGUUGCGGCAAGACUGUGAUUUCCCAGUCGCUCUCCAAGUACUCCAACUCCGACAUCAUCAUCUACGUCGGUUGCGGCGAGCGUGGUAACGAGAUGGCUGAGGUGCUCAUGGAGUUCCCCGAGCUGACGAUGACGGUGGGCGACAAGGAGGAGUCAAUCAUGAAGCGCACGGCGCUGGUGGCCAACACCUCGAACAUGCCCGUGGCCGCCCGCGAGGCGUCGAUCUACACCGGCAUCACGCUGUCCGAGUACUUCCGCGACCAGGGCUACAACGUGUCCAUGAUGGCCGACUCGACCUCGCGCUGGGCCGAGGCCCUGCGUGAGAUCUCCGGUCGUCUGGCCGAGAUGCCCGCCGAUUCGGGCUACCCGGCCUACCUGGGCGCCCGUCUGGCCUCGUUCUACGAGCGCGCCGGCAAGGUGCAGUGCCUGGGCGGACCCAACCGCGACGGUUCGGUGUCGAUCGUGGGUGCCGUGUCGCCGCCCGGCGGUGACUUCUCCGAUCCGGUGACGUCGGCGACGCUCGGUAUCGUGCAGGUGUUCUGGGGUCUCGACAAGAAGCUGGCCCAGCGCAAGCACUUCCCGUCGGUGAACUGGCUCAUCUCGUUCUCCAAGUACCUCAAGAUCUUGGACCCCUUCUACGACAACGCCGACCCCGAGUUCACGGCCCUGCGCACCAAGUGCUCGGAGAUCCUGCAGACGGAGGACGACCUCACGGAGAUCGUGCAGCUGGUGGGCAAGGACUCGCUCGCCGAGUCGGACAAGAUCGUGCUCGAGGUGGCCAAGCUCAUCAAGGACGACUUCCUGCAGCAGAACGGCUUCACGCCCUACGACGCCUACUGCCCCUUCUACAAGACGACGUGGAUCCUGCGCAACAUGGUCCUCUUCUACAACCUCGCACAGAAGGCCGUCGAGAAGACGUCCGACGACAGCAAGAUCACCUGGAACACCAUCAGGCAGUCCAUGGGCGACAUCAUCUACAAGAUCUCCUCCAUGAAGUUCCAGGACCCGCACGACGGCGAGGCCAAGGUCGUCGCCCACUACCAGGCCCUCCACGAGGAGAUCAAGCAGGCCUUCCACAACCUCGACAACUAA